UUCUAUUUUUUUUUUUUUUCAUCCAACAGCAUGGUUUCGUCGCCAAAGAGCAAGCGAAAGGCGAGCCAAGACGCUGCCGUGGCCGCGAUAGCCAAGGCGCGGAUGGAAGAGGCAGCCAUUGCAGGGGGUGCAGACGGAGUUGAUUUCGCCGUGACCCAGUCGACGCUCAAGCGCGGCAUCAGCGGGCAGACCUCUCGCGUCACCGUUCAGCAUCGCCGCAGUCCGUCCCUCGUUGCGUCCAGUGGCCUGCCCGUCCUAGAUCCGGCGCGCAGCAUCCAGAUCGAGAUUUCAGCGACCACAGCGACAUUGGAAGGGUUGCUCAAUCGUUUCGCCUUGCUAUACGUUCCAUCACUGCCGCUCGAUGGCCUCGCACUCAGCAUUUCAAGCACCCUCAACCCAGCCGACAGCGUGCCAAUCAUGUCCGAUUUUGACCUACACCAAGUACUUGUCGGAUUGGACGGCGCCGAUUUCCAUGCAUGCGUUACUUCAUCGCAACUUCCGCCAACGUCGCCCAUCUCGCCGUCUGGCAGCUGCCUUACCAUCAACACAACCACAGCCGCCGCAGCCGCAGCCGCAGCCGGACGCCAAUCAUUGACAGGCAUCCCGACACCACCGCCGUCCGCCCCGCUGACCGCCUCAUUCGCAUCCAGCUCUGCCCUGUCGCUGCCGAAACGGACGCUUUCUGCUGAAUCCAUGUCGCCGCGCUCACUCUCAGACACUGCCGUCGAUGAGCAGACUGGCGCUGCAGCCGACGCCGCCCAGGCAAGCGCGGAGGCAGCCUCCUCCUCCUCCUCCUCCUCCUCCUCCUCCUCGUCAGCCAAUAACAGCACACCAGUCUCAAAUGCGACCGCCGCUGCCGAUGCCACAGUGGCAACAGCCUCUCCUGCUGCUGCUGCUGCCGCCGCUGCUGCUGCAUCUCGCACCGGAUCGACACCGGGCUCGCCUCCGAUGCUGCGCAAACACAUUGCCAGACGCGAUUCGUACUCUGCACAGGCGGCCAUGGCCGCGCGAAGGAGCAUCCACGAGGACUCGACAGUGUUUGACAGCACGGGCUUGCCAGCCUCGCCUGUGCGCAACUUGGCCACUGCCGAGGCCGUGAGCGAGCCCCAGCGUGGUCGACUUGUGCGAUCACACUCGAUUAGCAACCAAACUGCCACGCGCGUCAAUAGCCAGGACGGCAGCGAAUCCCCCACUAGCCCCGACCCUGGGUCUGACAAGUCGUCCCCAACUUCGUCAGCAGGAUCAUCCCCAAAUAGCACUCUGAGCGGCACAGACAGCGUUAGCAAGCGGGAACGCCGCGGUCUCUCGUCCUUCUUCCGACGAAAGUCUUCCUCCUCCCGCUCCAACUCGCUCAGCUCCCUCUCGCAGCCGUCGCUCAGCGACCUCGGGCUCGAACCGCUCGGAAGCCCGACUGGCCGCACUAGCCCAAGCGGCACCGUCACGGCCAGCAUCCUCACCUUCCAGCAGCAGCAGCCCCAGCUACAACACACCCAUUGUCCACCCCACUACCACAGCAGGCAGCAGCAGCAGCAGCAGACGCGGGCAGCGCAGAGGCAACCUUCGAGUACAAAACCAGCCCUGGCGGCGCGGGCCGCGGCCUCGACCACGUCCACCGGCACGGGAGGCUCGCCGAACAGCGGGCGCAAGUUCCUCUUCCGAGCCAACACCAGCAAGGGUCGCAAGUCGUCGGCUGGCGCGCUGGAUUUGACGUCAGGGUCUGGCACGGCUCGUUCCAAAGACUUUAUUCCUGGCACAACGCCCGCGGCGACCAUGGACUUUGAGUCGCUGCCCCGAAUUGUGGCCCCCGGCGCAGAGUUCACCUACACCAACCCCGAGACGCAAAUCACAUACCGCACAGAUCGCGACGAAGUGCUCGUGAUGACGGCGACCUUUGAGCGUCUCAUUGACUGCAUGACGGAAGACAUUGACAAGGACGUGGACUACUCGGACACCUUCUUCCUUACGUACAAGAGCUUCCUCAAGCCCAUCGUCCUGUUCGAGGCGCUCGUCGCCAAGUUCAAGGGCACUGGUAACGCUGGGGCCGCCGCCCAAAUCGCGGCUGCCGGCCCAGAUGGCCAGCCGCCAUUGCAAAGCGCCGGCUCGGUCGAGAGCGUCAGCGACGCUUCUGCAACGAUGACGUCGGCUGUUGGCGGCUCGCAAACCGACAUUUUUGGCAUGUCUGCAACAGGUUCGUCCACGCUCAAGCUCAAGUCGUCCACUCGGCCCAAGGUGCUGACCAUGAUUCUGCACUGGAUGAAACACCACUGGAUGGACGUCGAGGAGGACCCCGUGCUGCAAGAGCAGGUGCACACCUUCCUGAACGGCCUGCGCGAAGGCGAAUACACGGCGUACUACCAGUCCAUCAACAAUGCCGUUCAGCAGCAGCGUCAGCGGUGGGAGGAGCGAAAGCUGCAGGGCGAGGAUGCCUCGGAGCUUCUCAAGCGCACCUCCACCAAGCUGUCCAAGAUGCUUCCUAAAAUUGUUAUCGAAAUGGAGCCCAAGGAGCUGGCCGAGCAGCUGACGUAUUAUGACCACCACAUUUUCUCCCGCAUCAGCCGCAACGAUUACAUCAACUACUUGUGGCCGAGCAAGAGCCGCAAGGAGCAGCUCAAGGCCAGCACAAACCAAACCGGCACCUCUCAUCUUGACGCCUUUGUCAACCGCCUGGAAAAGGAGACGUUCUGGAUUGCCACGGAAAUUUGCUCGCUGAGCGAGAACGAAACCCUCAAGGAGCAGGCCAAACUCAUCCAGCUCUUCUUGCAAGCCUUGAGCCACUGCCUUGCGCUCGACAACAUUUACACGUGCUUUGCCAUCUAUGGUGCGCUGAACUUCCAGCCCGUGCAAAAGCUCAAGAAAGCAUGGGAACUCGUGCCCAAAAAGUACUUGGCGCCUCUGCAGGAGGUGGAAAACCUCAUGAAUCCCUCGCGCAACAUGCGUGCCUACCGCACCUUCAUUCACCAAAAGGAGAAGACCACCACGCCGCUCCUGCCCUUCCUGCCACUGCAUCUGAAAGACUUGGUCUUUUUGAAUGACGGUAACGACACCUUCUUCCAGGACGGACGGGUCAACUUUGACAAGUGUCGCACCAUUGCCCGUCGCGUGGACUGGCUGGACAAGCUUGCCAACCGCCCUUACAGCUGGAUUGUGCCAAAGCCCGAGCUUCAAUCGUAUCUCGAGUCGGCCUAUGUUUGCCCCAACAUGGACGAGCUCACCAAGCUUGCUCGCAAGAACAAUCCGCCUCCGCCUGCCCCCGCUAGCUCCUCGAGCACCAUGAAGCCAUAA